AUGAGAGGUACUCACCAAUUAAUAACCCAAUUUGAACUCAAUGGAUAUGCUCUACCUAUGAUGGAUAAGAAUAUGUGCAUUACUUUUUUGAAAGAUCUACUCUAACAAAAUCCAAUUGAUAUGGACUUUAUACUUGCAAAUACUUCGCCAUCUCCUUAACAACGAAAAUUAUUGACAUUAAAAUCAAAUAUUCUGUAAUUGAUAAAGGAGGAUAAAGAUCCAUCGAUUACAACUCCUAGAUUUGAUUAUACUUAAUUGGAUAACAUAAUCCCAAAGAAGAAUAGAAAUAAAAUAAAUGAAAUUAAAACAAAAGUUGAAACCCUUCUUAAUAGUAACAAUAUAGAUCCUCCUUUGACAAUUAAGAAGAGGUAUAAUUGAAAUUAAUCAGGUAGAUGGUGGACAGAAGAAGAAGACUAAUAACUGAAAGAAUUAGUGACAUAACAUGGUGCCAAAAAUUGGAAAAAAAUAGCAUCUUAUUUUGAAGAAAGAACAGAUGUCUAAUGUUUACAUAGAUGGCAGAAAGUUCUAAAUCCUGAUCUUGUCAAAGGUCCUUGGACAUAAGAAGAAGAUGAACUAUUAGUAAAAUUAGUAACUAAUUAUGGGCCUAAGAAUUGGAGUCAAAUUGCUAAACAUUUACCAGGAAGGAUUGGUAAAUAAUGCAGGGAGAGGUAUUAAGUUUAAAAUCAAUUUAGGUUCCAUAACCAUUUAGAUCCAAAGAUCAAUAAAGAAAGAUGGACCGAUGAAGAAGAUUAAACUAUAAUUGAGGCUCAUAAAAAACUAGGAAAUCGUUGGUCAUUAAUAGCUGGCUUAUUAAAGGGAAGAACAGACAAUUCAAUUAAAAAUCAUUGGAAUAGCACUUUAAAAAGAAGAUUGAAAAUGUAAAAUAGAUGGGAAGAUCUCUAAGUCUUACCAAGAUAAGAUGAAACCCAUAUUAAAGGUAUUCCAAGAAGACAAGUAUAGAGGAGAGUUAUGUAUUAUAAAACACCUGAAAAAUUGGUUAAAAGAGAUCCUGUAUCAAGAUAACUCAAUUUUUUAACCCCAUACUCAAAUAAUACUCCAAGUAGAAUAUAUUAUUUGAUAAAUUAGAAUCUGAAGCUACACCUAAGAAUCUUAGCAUUGUAUAUCCAAAUUUAUCAUUAAAAGAUUCAGAAAUAAUGUAAAAUUAUUAAUAUUUUAGAGAUUCAUGCUCAAUUUUAUUCAAACAAUUAAGUGAAUUAACUAAUAUGGAUCUUGAAUUCAUUAAAUAAUAUAGUUACAAAUGA